GGCGCUGCCUGCGCUCGGCGCACGGGGCGGCGGAGGCGCGGGGCUUGGCCCCGCUCCAUGGAGACCAAUGGCAUCGCUCCCACCCACCCCCACCGGCCCCGAGCCCGCCGGCACGCACAGCCGCACGCUUCAGCCCACCAUGGCCCCGCCGCCGCCGCCGCCGCUCCGGCCCUCGGCGAGUGGAAAGGUAGAAGGCCAGCCCAAUGGUGACACAAUCCCAGCUGAGCAAGCCAACCCUUCAGAUGACACUGUUGCUGGUGCUGGGAGUCGUCAGAAUGAUCAGAUAGUGCAGAAAAUAGAGGAAGUGCUCUCUGGAGCCCUUGAUACAGAGCUGCAGUGCAAAUCAGAUGUAGACAAAAAUACUGUGAAAAAUAGUACUCAGUCUACAAAAAGAAGCUCUACUGCUGAAGAUGAAAUUCCUAGGAAGAAAUCAAAGAAGAACAAGAAACACAAAAGCAAGAAGAAGAAGAAAAAGAAGAAGAAAAGGAAGAAAGAGAAGAAGCAUAAAAAGCAGCCAAAGGAGUCAAAGUUGAGUACACGUCAUGGAGAACAUGCAGACUUGCAGCCUGCUGCUCACUUGAUGCCAGAGAAAUCAAGCUCCAAAUUGAGUAUACAGCAUGGAGGAUUUGGAGAUGCAAAUCUGGCUGUCCACAUGCAGCCAGAAGAACUGUGCUUAAAAGCAAGUGAGGAGCUUGAUAGACAAGCUUUGGGACUUGUUUCUCAUUCAAGAACUGAUUUUCAGCAAUCUACGGAAAAUCUUGGAAUUGAGAAGGGGACUUUGUGUGCAACAAAUCCUCCAUUUAAUUUAGAAGGCAGUCAGUCUGAGAUCCAAGAAAAUGCUAGUAUAACUCAAACUAAAAUUUGCACUAGAGAAGAACAAAUUAGGCAGUCUCAUGAAAAUAUUUAUCCUGUAGCUAUUAAUGCGAGUGAAAAGGGUGUUCUUGUUGAUACUGGAAAUGAUACUUCGUCUAGCAUCCCAUCUGGAGUCGCCAAUAAAUCUGAAAUUCAGAAAGAUUCAGCAGCAACUCUAGCUUCAGAGGUAAUAGAAGCACUAAAAGAUUCAGAAGUUAUUCUGAAAUCUAAAGGCACUGGGGAGGUAAAAGCUUUGGAUACAGCUCUUGAGUCUGAGACCAUGGAGGUGCUGAAAUAUUCAGAAGCAUCUCUACAAUUUGUAGCACAGGGGGGAGCAAAAGAGUUAGAAGCAACUUCAGAAUCUGUGUCUUUGGCAAGUGAUGGGACAACAAUUCCUAAAUCUGCAAAUCAGGCAGAUCUGAAUACUGUGAAGGUCGCUCACACGGCUGUGCCCAUGGAAGAGGUGAAAAUUCCAGAAGCAACUGAAAAAUGUCUGCAUAUGGGAAAUGUGAAAAAUGUGGAAAGAUCUUUGGAAUUAGGGAGUGUGAGCAGAACUUUGGAGCCAGCCCUGAAGCCCUCAAUUAUAUCUGAUAAUUUGAGAGUGAUGCAGUGCAGCCCCAUGGAGGGUUCAAGUGUCUUGAAGGCAGAUGUAUCUUUGCAACAUCCUUUUAAAAUAUCUGCAGUGACUGCUGUGACCCAGGUGGAAAUAAAAAGUGCCAAAAUACCCCUGGGACCAGGAGCUAUUACAAAAGUGAAGGAUAUUGAACCAGCUAGAAGCUCUGCGCAUACGGAAAAUGCGAAAGCUUUGGAAGAAACUCUGCAGCCAGUUGCUGUAGUGAAGCCCAAAACUUUGGAAACAAUCAUGGAACCUGUGGGUAUUGCAGCAAAAGGUGUCAAAGCAGCUCAAGAAUGUCUGCAAGUUGAAGUAGUCAAAGAUGUGGAAGGUACCACUGCUCCUGCAACAGUGCUGAAUGUAUCAGAAGUGUUCCUGCAACCUAAAGUCUUGACAGAAACAAGAAAUGUGGAUAGAACCCAGGAGUCUGCACUUCCGGCAGAAUUGUCAGAUGUGAGUGUGGUUGCAGAGGCAAAAGGUUUAAGAGCAACUUUAGAACCGGUCGCGGUUGUGCAGACCUUCGUUCCCCGAACAACUCCAGAAAUCCAGAUGGCGGAGGGUUUUAAAGGUCCACAAGCAACCGUGGGAGUUGCAGCACUAACAGGAGUAAAAGAUCAAGAAACAAGUCAAGCUACUCUGCAACUGGAAAAUACUAAUGCUUCAAAAAUUUCAGAAUCUACUCUCAAGCCUGUAGCUGUAACAGGGGCAAAAGAUUCAGAAGGUACUUCAUUACUGAGACAACGAGAGGAGCCGAGAGAAUCAAGAUCUGAGAGUGAAUCAAAUGUGAGAGGUUUGGAAGCAACUCCCCUGUCUUUGCGGAAAGAAGACAUGAAAGAUCCAGGAGGAGUCCUAAGACCAAUGGCUGUGGUGGAAGCAAAAACUUUGAAAACAGCUUCACUGUCUUUGCAAAUGGAAGGUGUGAAAGCUUCAGGAGAAGCUGUGCCUUGUGGGACUGUGGCCAGAGGUUUAGCAGCAACACUGGAUUCAACAGCAGUGUCAAAAGGUUCAGAAAUAAAUCUAGAUAGUAUUGCAGGAGUAGAAGCAGGCUCAGAUGCCAGUCUCCUAGCUAUGAAAGUUGGAUCUGUGAGACCAGCAAAAAGUUUGGAAACAACUAUAGGACCUGUAGCAGAGACAGAAAGGAAAGAUUCAGAAGCAGAUCGUGACAGAGCUGGGACAGAGAUGAAGACAUCUUCAUCACAUCUGCGCAUGAAAGGUGUGACAGAUUUAGGAGAUCCAGCAUCUGUAGCUAUGGCAAAGAUACAAGCUUUGGAAGCAGUCUUGCAGCCUGGAACCCUUGCAGUGGCAAGGGGCUUAGAGGAAAAUGUGUGUUCUGAAGCCAAAAUGGGCAGCAAAGUCUUGGAAGCAAGUCCAGGACUUCUUGCCUUAGAAGAAAGGUCAGAAAUGACUCCUGAAUCUGUGGUUGCAUGUGUAAGCAUGGAACCAGUUAGAGAGUCUGAGGCAUUAGCAGGAAUGAUGCAUUUGAAAACCACAGCAGAGAGGGAAUCAAAACAUGCAGAAACAGUUGCAGAACCUCUUGGUGUAAGCAAAACAAAGAGUUCCAUCAUUUCACAGUCUCAGGUCAUGACACAUACAAGAACCUCACAAACUGAGGUGGUAGGGGAGGUAGAGGAUUCUGAACUAGCUACCAGUUCUGCCACUGUAGAAGUGAGAGGUUUAGACAACUCGUCGGAAGUUGAGGCAGUUGCAGAGGUAAAAGAUGUGGAAGCGAGAUCAAAAACUUCACACUUAACACAGAUGAAAAAUUUGGAAAUGGUUGUGGGAUCUGAAACAAGGAUACUAAUGCAAGGCUUGGGAAAGACAUUAGCAUCUGAGGUGGCUGGAGAAAUGAUGCAUUCUGAAGUUGCUCCAGAAGAUCCAAACAAAGCAAAGGCAAAGAGCAAAGAAGCAAUACUAGAACCUGUGCAAACAGUGGCGGUGCAAACUUUAGAAACAAGUUCAAAAUCUGUACGGGAACAAAUAGCAGGUCAUUCAGAACCAGUAUUAGAGUCUUUGCCCAGAGAGGAAGAAAAAUCUAUGGCAUCAGAAGUAGUGACAGAAGUGAGAAACUUGAAAGGAACUUUGGAAUCUAAGAUUUCGACAGAUGUGAGAACUCAGGGACCUACUGUAGAAUAUAUAAUUGCAACAAGGAGGACAAGCACCAAAAAAAAUGAGCCCUCGCUUAUCAAUGUAAGAGAUUUGGAAGAAGCUUCAGAAACGGAGAAAGCAAUGAAAGCAAAAUAUUUGGAGCCAGCAUCAGAAGCUAGAGAAGUGGGGUUGUUGGAAAGCGUGAAAGAGUCUGCAACACUAGAGGUGAAAGGUUCUGAAACAGUCAAAGAGCCCGAGGUGCACAUGGAUGUCCAAGAUUUGGAAACUUCCCAAAAGCCUGGAAGUGUGGGGGCAAUAAAUGUUUUAGAGGAUGCUUCAGAAGCUGUUCUAGAAUCUUUGCACACUGAAAAGCAAGAACAUCUGCAAGCAGCUCUAGAAGCAAAACCUGCUGCAGAAUGGGAGAGUACAGAAGAGGCUCCAGAAGUCUUGAGUGCUGCUGAAAUGAAAUCUUCUGAGGCAGUUCCAAAACCAGGAGACGUGAAAGAUCUGGAAACAACACUGGAACAUGAAGUGGCAGCAGAAGUACAAUAUGCAGAAGGGGUGCAGGAUCAACAAAUGGAGGAUGUGAGAGUUCCAGGUCAAGCUCAGGAAUGCGAGAUACUGGUUGAGAAGAAAGAUGCAGAGCAAACUCGAGCAUCUGAGCCUUUAAUAGCAGAAACAGUUUUUAUUUCUUCACAUGCAGCAGAUGAAAAAGAUUCAGCAGGGACUCCUGAAUCUGAAAUAAUCAGAGACACAAAACAGUUGGAAGCAGCUCCAGCUCAUGUGGCAGAAACAAAAGAUUUGGAAACGGCUCCUCUUCCUGAGACUGUUGUAGAGCUGAAAGAUGCAGAAGCAGCUGUGGGGUUGGAGGCAGAGACAAAAGAUUUGGAAGCAGCUCCGGUACCUGAGACUGUUACAGAAGCAGUUCCAGUACUUGUGCCAGAGGCAAGCCAGUCAGAAGUCAUUCAACAGGCUGAGGCUGUCAAAGAAGCAACUCCAGAACAGGAGUCAGAGAAAAGAGAUUCAGAAACAUCUGAUGUGCAGCCUGAUGUGGCGGCACGAAUGAGAGAGACACUGAUGAGACUUGAGAAAGUUAUUGAAAAAAGUAGCCAUAGAAGCAGUGAUAAAAAACAUGAUGCAAAGAAACAAAAAAGGAGUCGCUCCAAGUCUCAGUCCAGGUCUAGGAAGCGGAAGAAAAAAUCAAGGUCGCGUUCUACUUCCAGGCGUUUGACCUCUAAAAGAGCACGUUCUAGGAGCAGAAACUAUUCAGAUUCCAGAAAAAAGCAUUCCAAAUCUAGAUCCCGAUCUGUGGAGAAGAGAGAGAGAAGAGUGUCUUCGCGGAGGUCCAGGCGCAGACGUUCCAGGUCGUCUGACCGUUACAGGUCUAAAUCCAGAUCAGCAGAAAAGAGAGGGAGCAGAUUGUCCUCGGGGAGGUCCAGACGUAGACGUUCCAGGUCGUCUGACCACUACAGGUCUAAAUCCAGAUCAGUGGAAAAGCGACUGUCCUCCCGAAGGUCCAGACGUAGACGUUCCAGGUCUUCUGACCGCUACAGAUCUAAGUCCAGGUCAGUGGAAAAGCGACUGUCCUCUCGAAGGUCUGGGCGCAGACGUUCCAGGUCUUCUGACCGCUACAGGUCUAAGUCCAGGUCAGUGGAAAAGCGACUGUCCUCUCGAAGGUCUGGGCGCAGACGUUCCAGGUCUUCUGACCGCUACAGGUCUAAGUCCAGGUCAGUGGAAAAGCGACUGUCCUCUCGAAGGUCUGGGCGCAGACGUUCCAGGUCUUCUGACCGCUACAGGUCUAAGUCCAGGUCAGUGGAAAAGCGACUGUCCUCCCGAAGGUCUGGGCGCAGACGUUCCAGGUCAUCUGACCGCUACAGGUCUAAAUCACGGUCAGUGGAAAAGAGGAGGAGCAGGUUGUCCUCCUGGAGAUCCCGCCGCAGACGUUCCAGGUCCUCUGACCGUUCUAAAUCUAGAUCCAGGUCUUCAGAAAAGAGAGGGGGCAAAGAAUAUUCAUGGAGGUUCAGACAUAGAGGGUCUGGUUCCUCUGAUCGUUCGAAAUCUAGGUCAAGAUCUGUUGAGAAGAGAGGUCGGAAGGCAUCUCUACGGAGGUCUAAACGUCAGCGCUCGAAGUCCUCUGACCGUUACAAGUCUAGAUCCAGAUCAGUAGAAAAAAGAGAUAGAAAGCAAUCAUCGCGGAAGUCUAAACGUCAGCGCUCAAAGUCCUCUGACCGUUACAAGUCUAGAUCCAAAUCAGUGGAAAAAAAGAAGGAGUCCUCACGAAAAUCUAAGCGUCGCCGCUCAAAAUCUUCUGAACGUUACAAGUCUAGGUCUAGGUCUGUUGAAAAAAAGCGCAAGGAAUCUUCAAAAAAAUCCAAACGGAAACGUUCCAAGUCCUCUGAUAGUGUUAAGUCAAGGUCCAAAUCUAUAGAAAAAAGAGAGAGUAAGUUAUCCUCAGUAAAGUGCAGUAGCAAGCGUGUGGAGUCUUCUGAACUUCAGGAGUCAACCAAAUGUCUUGAAAAAGUAGAAGUUCCUGAAUCUUCUUUUGCAAGUGAAGGCAGCUCUUCCAAAUCCUCUAACGGUCCCAUGUCAGUAGCUUUGUCUGUUGAAAGAAUAAAUGGCCCAGAGCUGCCGCCAGCAUCUGAAAGUGGAUGUUCCAAAACUUUUGAUAGUCUUGAGAAAAGCUCCUCCUCUGAAAAAACAGCAGGUCUGCAGCCUUCUGUGAUGUCUGAAUUUGAUAGCUCCAAAACCCCGGAUGACCAGGAAUUGAGAUCCAUGCCUGUGGAAGAAACACAGGUUUCAGAGGUUUCUGUGGCAUCUGAAAAUGGAUCAGCUGAAAAAGCAGUGGCUCUGGAGUCUUCAUCACUACCUGAACUUACAUACUCCACAUCCAAGUCAAGAUCCUCAUCUGUUGAAAAAAAGGGAGAUCCAGAAACUUCUUUGGUAACAGAAUUUGAGCUCUCCGCAUCCCAUGAAGAUGAGUUGAGGUCUGCCUCUCUCAAAGAAAUAGAGGGUCCAGAGCCUCUUCUGACACUUGAAAGUGGAUGCUCUGUAUCUUCUGAUAAUUACAAGACAACCUCCUCGUCCUCUGGAAAAACAGAGGUUCAGGGGUCUUCUCUGAUGUCUGAAAGUGUACUCUCUGACUUGUCUGAUGGUUGUGAAUUGAGACAUAUCCCCAUUGAAAAAACAGAGCUUCAGAAGUUUUUGCAAGUACCUGAAAAUGAAUCUUCCAAGUUGGCUGACAGCCCUGAGUCAAGGUCACUAUCUUUUGAAACAGUAGAGGCUCAAAAAUCUUUUCUAGCACCUGAAGUUACAUGCUCUGCGUUCCCUGAUGUCUGUGAGUCAGCCUCCUUGCCUCUUGAAAAAGGCCAGAUGCAGGAGCCUUCUCUGUCUUCUGACAGUGGAUGCUUCAAGUCUCCUGAUGGACAUGAAUCAGGAUCCAGUUUUGCUGCACAAAUAGAGGAGCUUCCGUUGAUGUCUGAAGGUGGGUCCUUCAAGUCACCUGAUGGAAGUGAACAAAGGUCUUUAUCUGUUGAAAAAGUGAAGGCCCCAGAUGUUUCCCUGGCAUCUCAGUGUGGUCCUGCUGAGAUCUCGGAUGACCUCAUGUCAGCGUCAUCUUUUGAAAAAAUGCAGGAAGUUGUACUGACAACUGUAGGACAAAGAUGCAAGUCUUCCGAAGUUCAUGAGUCCAGAUCAUCUGCUGACAAAGAUUUAGAUGGUCCGACACUUUCACAAGUAGUUGAAAUUGACUGCUCUGAAUCUUCUGAAGUGCAUGAAUUGAGAUACCUGCAUGCUGGAAAAAUAGAGGGUACAGGAUCUUUCUUGAUAUCUAAAAGUGGAAUUGCUGUGUGCCAUGAUGGCCAUAAAUCAAAACACAAUUAUUUUGAGAAAACAGAAGGUGCAGAACUGUCGUUGGCAUCUGAGCUUAGGUGUUCUGUCUUCCCUGAAGGCUGUGAAUUGACAUCCACUGCAGCUGAAAAAAUGGAGAUACCGAAGCCGCCUCUCCCACUGGAAAGUGGGUUCUCCAAGUCUGCUGAUGGUUGUGAAUCAGUAAGCAAACCUACUGAAAAACUACAGGCCCCAGUGACUUCUCUGACAUCUGAAGGUGGGCAUAUCCUGUUGCCUGAUAGUCAUGAAUUGAGACCUAUCCCUGCUGAAAAAGUAGAGGUGCGAAAGUCAUCUGAACUGAAAUGCAUUGCAUCCCCUGAUGGCCACAAGUUGAGAUCUGCCUAUGAUGAAGAAAUACAGGUGCAGGAGCCACCUCUGUUACUGGAAAGUAGAUGUUCUGUUUCCUCUGAUGGUCAUGAGUUGACAUCCACCCCUUUUGAAAAAGUUGAGGUAGAGGAGCCUUCUCAAAUAUCUGAAAAUGAAUACACAAUAGGGCUUCAUGGCCCGGAGUUGACAUCAACCCCUGCUGAGAAAACAGAGAUGCGGGAGGUUUAUCGGAUGUCUGAAGAAAGAUGUUCAGUGUCAUUUGAGAGCCAGGAGUUGCAGUCACCCCAUGUUGAAAAGAUAGAAGUGCAAGAGCCUGCUCUGACGUCUGAAAAUGAAUAUGCUGUAUCUUGGGAGGGCCAGGAGUUGAGAUCUAGCUCUCCUGAAAAGGUAGAGAUGCAGGAGGCUUCUGUAGUACCUGACAAUGAAUAUGCUAUGUCUUCUGAAGAUCACGAAUUGCCGUCUUCCCUUGCUGAAAAAACAGAGGUACAGGAGUGUUCUCUGCUGUCUGAAAAUGAAUAUGCUGUCUCUCCUGAGGGCCAGGAGAUGACAGCCAGCCCUGCUGAAAAAGAGAUGCAGGAGCCUUCUCUGACAUCUGACAGUGAAUAUACCAUCUUCCCUGAAGGCCAAGGAUUACAGUCUACGCUUGCUGAAAAAACAGUGGUGCAGGAGCCUUCACUAAUAUCAGACAGUCAAUAUGCUGCAUCUCAUGAAGGGCAGGAGUUGCUUUCUGCUCUUACUGAAAAAACAGAGGUGCAGGAGUGUUCUUUGCUGUCUGAAAAUGAGUAUGAUGUAUCCCCUGAAGGCCAUGAUUUGAGAUCCAGUCCUGUUGAAAAAGAAGAAAUGGAGGAAUCUUCUGAAACAUCUGAAAGUGAAAGCUCAAUGUCCACUGAUAGCCAGGAGUUGCAGUCUACUGUUGUUGGAAAAACAGAGGUGCAGGAGUUGUCUUUGUCUGAAGGUGAAUGUACCAUGUCCCCUGAAGGUCAGGAGCUGCAAUCUAGUCCUGCUGGAAAAGUAGAGCCUAAGGAACCUUCUCUGACAUCUGAAAAUGAACAUGCUCUGUCCCCUGAAGAGUAUGAAUCAAGAUUGACUCAUGCUGAGAAAACAGAGGAUAUGGAUUCUUCUUUGACAUCUGAAAAUGACCAUCUUUUGUCUUUCGAGAGCCAGGAGGUAAGAUUCACCACUGUUCAAAAAGCAGAUGUGCGGGAGCUUUCUCCAACACCUGAAAAUGAACAUGCAGCAUCCCCUGAAGGCCAGGAGUUGAGAUUCCCCACUGCUGGUAAAGUAGGUGGUCUUGAACAUUUGACGCUAAACAGUAGAGCCUCGAUGUCCCCUGAUGACAGUGACUUGAAAUCCAUCCCUGUUGAAAAAAUGGAUGAUGCAGUACCUUUAAUGCCUGAAAGUGGGUGCUCCAUGUCCCCUGAUGGCUACAGUGUGAAAUCUGGCCCUGGUGAAGAAACAGGGGAUCUAGAGCCCUCUUUGAUAUCUGAACGUAGACAUUCCACAUCCUCAUACCAGGAAGGUCAUGAGCUGAAAUCUCCCAUGGAGGAAGAGGGUCUAGAGUCCUCUUUGACUUCUGAACAUAGACGAUCUGUGUCCCCUGAGGGCCAUGACCAGAAGUCUACCAUUGAUGAAGAAAUGGAUGAUCUGGAGCCCUCUUCGACAUCUGAACAUAGGCGCUCCACGUCCCCUGAUGAGCAUGAGUCAAGAUCUAGCAUUGGUGAAGAAGCAGAGUAUCUGGAGCAGCCUUUGACAACGGAACGUAGAUGCUCUGUGUCUUCUGAUGAGCAUGAGUCAAGGUCUACCACUGGGGAAGAGGUAGAGGAUGCAGAACCCUCCUUGACAGCUGAACGAAGAGACUCCACAUCCUCUGAUGAACAUGAGUCGAGGUCUACGACUGGUGAAGAUAUAGAUGAUGGGGAGCCCUCUUUGACAGCUGAACGUAGACACUCCACGUCCUCUGAUGACCAUGAGUCAAGGUCUACAACUGGUGAAGAAAUAGAGGAUUUAGAACCUUCUUUGAUAGCUGAACAUAGACGCUCCAUGUCUCCUGAUGGACGUGAGUCAAGGUCAACCACUGGUGAAGAAGCAGAGGACCGGGAGCUCUCUUUGACAGCUGAACGUAGACACUCCACAUCCUCAGAUGAACGUGAGUCGAGGUCUACCACUGGUGAAGAUGUGGAGGAUAGGGAACCCUCCUUGACAGCUGAACGAAGAGAUUCCACAUCGUCAGACGAGCAUGACUCAAGGUCUACCACUUGUGAAGAAGCAGAUGAUGUGGAACCCUCUUUGACAACUGAACACAGACGUUCCACAUCCCCUGAUGGGCGUGAAUCAAGGUCUACCACUGGUGAAGAAGUAGAUGAUGUGGAGCCCUCUUUGACAGCUGAACGAAGAGACUCCACGUCGUCAGAUGAGCACGAGUCAAGGUCUACCACUGGUGAAGAGGGUGAGGAUGUGGAGCCCUCUUUGGCAGAUGAAGAUAAACAGGAUUCCAUGCCUCUUGAGAGGCUGGAGGAACAGGACUCUUCCUUUAUACCUGAAAGUAGGCGUUCUGAGUCUUCUGAACGUGAAAAAUCUAGAUCCGAAUCUGUUGAUAAAAUAUCUGACAAAGAGUCUUCACGAAGAUCUAUAAGCAGACGCUCAAAAUCUCCUACUCGCCAAAAGAGUCGAUCCACAUCUGUUGAAAAAGUGGCAGACAAAGAGUCUUCACGGAGAUCUAGACGUAGACGUUCCAGGUCCACUGCUCACCAGAAGAGUAGAUCCACAUCUGUUGAAAAACCAGCAGACAAAGAAUCUUCACGGAGGUCUAGACGUAGACGCUCCAGGUCCACUGCUCGCCAAAGGAGUCGAUCAACUUCUGUUGAAAAACCAGCAGACAAAGAGUCUUCGCGAAGGUCUAGACGAAGACGCUCCAGGUCCACUGCUCGCCAAAGGAGUCGAUCCAAAUCUGUUGAAAAACCAGCAGACAAAGAAUCUUCACGGAGGUCUAGAAGCAGACGGUCCAGGUCUUCUCAGCGCAGAUCCCAGAGAUACGAUACAGAAUCUCGCUCUAGACGGAAUCGCUCCAGAUCAGUAACACGGAGAAGAGCAUCAAGAUCAAAAUCUAAUCGUCGCUCUCGGUCUAGCUCAUUGUCACGUUCAAGGCACAGAAGGAGGAGUAGGUCAAGGUCAGCAUCAAGAAGGCGGCGUUCUUUAUCAAGAGACAGGCGUAAGAGAUCUCAGAGAAAUAGAUCAAGAUCUACUGACAGAAGAAGAAGAAGAUCAGAUUCAAGAGAUCGUAGAAUAUCACUCCGAUUACGGAGCAGGAGUCGAACACCUAUUCGUCAAAGGCGAUCCAGGUCAAGAGGAAGAAGACGAAGCUCUAGUAGGUCACCAAUUCGACUACGACGAUCAAGAUCUUCAGGGAGAAGAAGAUACAGCAGAUCACCUGAUCGUCGUAGGUCGAGGUCAUCAGAACGAUUUUCAAGCAGGUCACCUAAACGUCUUACAGACUUGGACAAGGCCCAGCUACUUGAAAUAGCCAAAGCUAAUGCAGCUGCCAUGUGUGCUAAGUCUGGUGUUCCCUUACCACCAAGCCUGAUGCCCUUGUUAUCUCAAAAGAAAGAUGACAAAGCCAAUCAGAAGUCAUCAAGAGAUACACUAAAGGAGCUCACUGAGAAAUGCAAGAAGAUUGCUCAAAGCACAGAUGAUGUGAUAGUGAACAAACCUCAUGUUUCUGACGAAGAGGAGGAAGAACGUCCUUUCUAUAAUCAUCCUUUUAAGCUCAGUGAACCCAAACCCAUUUUUUUCAAUUUAAGUACUCCCAGCAUAAAACCAGCACCACCACCACAACCAAAAAAUCAGGUCAGCCUGUCGAAGGAAUUUCCUGUUUCAUCUGGGUCUCAACAUAGGAAAAAAGAAGCAGAUAGUGUCUAUGGAGAAUGGGUUCCAGUUGAAAAAGGCAAAGAAGAAAGCAAGGAUGAUGUUUUCCCCAAACCAUCCAUUGAGGGUGUGGACAUAACUACAGCUAUGAAUGAUCGAGCAGUGGCUCAGAAAAGGCUUAAUGAAAACACAUUUGAUUUAGAGGCCAUGUGCAUGUUAAAUCGUGCACAGGAACAGAUUGACGCCUGGGCUCAAUCAAACUCCAUACCUGGCCAGUUCACAGGAAGUACUGGAGCACAGAUACUGUCCUCAGAUGAGCUGACCAACAGUGGUCCCCAAGCAUGGAUUAGAAAGGAUCAGUUCUUAAGAGCAGCCCCUGUAACUGGAGGAAUGGGAGCUCAACUGAUGAGAAAAAUGGGCUGGAGAGAAGGAGAAGGGCUUGGAAAAAACAAAGAAGGCAGCGUUGAGCCUAUUAUGGUCGAUUUUAAGACAGAUCGAAAAGGGCUUGUUGCUGUGGGAGAGAAGGCACAAAAGAGAUCUGGACAUUAUGUUGUGAUGAAGGAUCUUUCAGGUAAACAUCCAGUUUCUGCGUUGAUGGAGAUCUGUAACAAAAGAAGAUGGUCACCACCUGAAUUUGUGUUGGUGGAUGAUAGUGGGCCUGAUCAUCGCAAACAUUUUAUCUUUAAGGUGAGAGUCAAUGGAAAUGAAUAUAGGCCUACUUUUGCCAGCCUUAAUAAGAAGCAUGCUAAAGCCACAGCAGCAACUGCGGCUCUCCAAGCGAUGGGACUUGUACCAAAGGAAAGCAUGGUUAAUACCACCAUGUUUAGGAGUGCCUCACACCGCUAGAUAUUGUUUUUUAUAUUGACAUUAUUUCAGAUAAUUUUACUCUGCACAAAAAUGGUAUUUGCCCUUUCAUGUUGUAAAUACAUUGGCAAUUCCCACGUUGUAAAAACUGUACAGACACCUUCAGGUUUUUCUUUUGUACCAUCAAAAUGUAUUUAAAUCAUACUUAGUUUUUGGUAUGUUUAUAUUGUUUACAUUAGUGAUGUAAUUAUUUCUUAAAUGACUAAAUCAGACGACAGACUCUGGAGGCAUCAGUAAUCUAAACCCUUGUUUUAAAACUCAUGCAAUUUCUCUUCAAUACGGAAUGUUAACACUUUCAUACUGUUUUGUACUAUGCUGCAGUUUUCCCUGGUCUCGGUAAAGCUACUCGUGCACUUUUGCCGACAGCUGGCAAAAGGUCAUGCGGCUUACCUUAGUCUAGUCGAGGCUGGCGUGUACUGCUGGACAGAUACUGGGCCAGUACUGUGACCCCUGUGAGAAAGCGCGCGGUGGUAGCCCUGUUGUACAGUGUUAACGCUGCGGCUUCUCUUUGAAUUUUGUUUGGGGGUUGAACUCGGUGGUGCACUGCGACUGGCCGUACAGCCCGUACUCUAGGACACACGUGAUUAGGCAAAAGACUUGCUUUCAAAGGGAUGGCAGAGAGUCCAGCAAUGGAACCGAUGAGACUUGCAAUGUAAAGGUGACUCUCCCUGCAUGUUCUAAGAAGGGAGAUGAUGGAGUUGUCUAUUCCAAACAAAUUAACACACUGCCUGAUGUUGAUUGUAUGAAUUUGUGGUUAAUGUGAAUUUUAAACUCUAACAAAUCUACAACUGGAUUCGGG